AAGGAACGCCAAUUUAAUAUUCCCUCUUCUUUUCCUCUUCCCUCUUUUCCGCCGCCUUCCCCAUACGCGUACACAUACCCAUACGCCUCGCCGCUCGCCGGAGGAGGAGGAAAACGAACCGAGCUAAGCAAGCCCAGACUGAUCAAAUCGAUGGCACCGCCGUACCGCGCCUCUAGCUUCUUCUUGCUCGUCGUCGCGCUGACGGCGCUCGCCCCCGCACCUGCGGCCGCCACCGGCGUGUUCCGGGUGCGCCGCAAGUUCCCGCGCGACGGAGACGCUGAAGGCGUGGAGGGGGAGCACCUCGCGGCGCUGCGGAGGCACGACGCCCGGCGCCACGGGCGGCUACUGGGCGCCGUCGACCUGCCCCUCGGCGGCGUCGGCCUCCCCACCGAGACCGGCCUGUACUACACGCGGAUUGGGAUCGGCGCGCCGGCCAAGGGCUACUACGUGCAGGUGGACACCGGCAGCGACAUCCUCUGGGUCAACUGCAUCCGCUGCGACGGCUGCCCCACCCGGAGCGGCCUUGGGAUAGAGCUGACGCAGUACGACCCCGCGGGGAGCGGGGUCGCGGUGGCGUGCGACCAGGAGUUCUGCGUGGCCAACUACGGCGGCGUGCCGCCCACCUGCUCCUCGACAUCGCCAUGCCGGUUCAGGAUCACCUACGGAGACGGGAGCUCAACCACCGGGUUCUUUGUCACCGACUUCCUGCAGUACGACCAGGUGUCCGGCGACGGCCAGACCACCCCGUCCAAUGCGAGCGUCACAUUUGGGUGUGGUGCUCAGCUUGGUGGGGAUUUGGGAUCCUCAAACCAGGCCCUUGAUGGGAUUCUUGGUUUCGGUCAAUCGAAUUCGUCGGUGCUAUCGCAGCUGGCUGCUGCUGGAAAAGUGAGAAAGAUUUUUGCUCACUGCUUGGACACUGUGAACGGUGGUGGUAUUUUUGCAAUUGGGAAUGUGGUACAGCCGAAAGUGAAGACAACGCCGUUGGUGCCCAACAUGCCACAUUACAAUGUCAACUUGAAAGCAAUUGCUGUUGGUGGUGCCACGCUGCAGCUUCCAACAAAUACUUUUGAUAUAGGUGAAAGUAAAGGUACUAUCAUUGAUAGCGGCACAACGUUAGCCUAUCUCCCGGAGUCAAUUUAUAAGACUAUGAUGGCUGCGGUAUUUGAUAAGCAUCAGGAUAUCUACCUCCGUAAUUACCAAGACUUUAGCUGUUUCAAGUUUUCUGGAAGUGUAGAUGACGGAUUUCCCAUAAUCACUUUUCAUUUUGAGGGGGACCUUAUACUGAAUGUUUACCCACAUGAUUAUCUAUUCCAAAAUGGGAAUGAUUUUUACUGUGUGGGGUUCCUGAAUGGAGGACUGCAGACCAAGGAUGGGAAAGAUAUCGUGCUCUUGGGAGACUUGGUCCUCUCAAAUAAACUAGUCGUUUACGACUUGGAAAAUCAAACUAUCGGCUGGACAGACUACAACUGCUCCUCAAGCAUUAAAAUUAAGGAUGACAAUACUGGCUCAAUAUACACCGUUGACGCACAUAACAUCUCCUCUGGGUGGAGAUUUCAGUGGCAGAAAUCCCUGAUUUUAUUAGUAACAAUGAUAUGCAGCUAUUUUAAUGUUCUAGCCUGCCCUUGGAAUCUUUGAUGUACAACAUGGAAGUUGUAUUCUGUAAGAAUUUUUUUAUAGAGUUUUGUUCUUACAAAAAGAAAAGGAAAGAGCUUUAGAUUGUAAAAACUAGUUUAGUGGGAGAGGGAUUUAUGGUCUGCUUUGGCUACAGAAAUUGCCUAAGAGUCAUUGUAACAAUGAUCAAAUAAUGAACAAAGUUACAAAUCGCCCCUUGGGACUGGCCAUGUUAAGUACAGCAA